CAUCUCGAAAACGUAAAAAUUAGUUUUGAUAUAAAGCACGAUAUAACUGUCUGAUCGAUCCUCGAUGUCAAACAAUUAUCUGUUACAUACGCAGUUUAAAAACGUAAACAAGCAGUACCACGCGUAGCCAGAGACGUGUGAUAUACAAUAACACAAACGAAAAAUGCUAGCUCGCGGGUGUAAAUACUAUCUGGAAAAAAGGAGUUGAUUCGGUAAACAAGUAGAAAACGUAUACACGACGAAACUAUCGACACAGUGACUUUUGUGUAGUUCACGAUUACGUAUUGCGUUCGAACAUCUCUUGAAAAUGUACAAAUUCGGUUCUCCUGCGACGCAAAAUUACGUUUACGACAACUGGUUGAAACACGCACUGAAUAUCCUACCGUUACAUUCCAAUCGCGAGGACGACAAAAGUCACAAGUGGAAAAAGUUCACUAGUGCCAAAUACUUUAAUAGGCCGAAUGAAGCCAGCGACGACGAGGACAACAUUUCGCAAUUUUGCGUGUCCGGAUCCGAAAUGGAGGAGGGCAACAGAGUCUCUUCAAGAAAAAGCACGAAAAACGUCAAAAAUCAGGUUUCCAUCUCGACGGAGCAGUACGUCGAUUUUAACGUCAAGGAGCUUCGAAAGGACGCGGAAAAAAUGAAGAUACUAGGGAAAAUGUUCAAGAGCGACGAAGCCGACGCAACGGGACAAUUUCUGUUAAACAGUUCACCGGCUUCUACCUACACUAGAGCUAGCUCGAGCAGGACGGGAUCGGUAUAUCGGUCCACGAGUCAAAGGUACUCGCAUCUUCAGGAAACGAGCGACGGAAACUCGUCGAGCUGUACGCAGAUAACGACACCUCGUCGAUGUAACAUUAAAUCGAGGAAGAGCCGCUCGUUGGACAGCAACAAUAUCGACAUGGACAUGGAUUUCUCGGCCGAAUCGUUUCUCCAGGUAAACCUCGUCGAAUCGGCUAGCGAUCGGAUAAUUAUUGACGAUUGCAAUAACGUCUCGCUACUAGAGUUGAUCGAUGGCCGCAUGUCGUACGACGUGCCAAAGCUUAAAUCAAUAACCGAGGCAGAUCUAUUGUCGAAAACCGACCUAAAAGCUAAAACUGCUACCAAGAAAAGAAGACUAGCUGCAAAACGACCAGCAGCUCGUCCGCCGUUGCCUAUCAGGCGAAACACCGAUAAACGACCAAGCUGGAUGGAGCCGAUAAUAAUCGAGCUCAACGGCAUCCGUACGUACAAUUACAAUUACUUACCAGGCGAGCUGCCAAAGAGCCCGUUCUACUCGCGCGUAAAGAGAUUGAGCGAAGAGAGCAGCAGUGACGACGAGUCGAGUGAUUUCUUACCGAGCAAGAAGCAAAAAUGCAUGCCAUCGUCCGAUUUCUUCGACUCGUUACGUUUGGUAGUAUUAUCGAGCGAGUCCGACGACGAAAAAGCCUCGAGACUACCCGAGUCGAGCUCGGAAAGCUCGUCGACGAGUUGCAGCACAUGCAGCACUUGCUCUCUAAGCUCGUCGAGCUCCUCUGAGAGCGACUGAAUUCUCAAUUUUUUGAAAGUCAAGUAAUG